ACACCCAGGUUUUCCAGCUGUAACAGGACACCAAACCCGCGGAGUUCACUCCACCCGAGACCCGAGGAUCCAGGAAUACCCCCCACGUCAGGCCGAGACCCGAAACCAACCCUAAACCCCUCAAACCCGCGUCCAGGAUGAAGUUUUAUCUGCUUUUUCUGCUGUUUUUGGUCCCAGCGUUCCGGGCGCAGGACUUCGGGUUCGACCUGUCGGACGCCCUGGACGACGGUCCCACUGAACCUCCCAAACCCAAAGAGGAGCCCAAGGCCCCGGGGCCCAAAGACGACGGUGAGCUGGACCUUCUGGACGCUUUUGAACCAGAUGAGCCGCAGCCGGAAAAACCCAAGAAACCGACGCCUGGAGGUUCCGAAGAUCAGCCGGAAAAACCCAAGAAACCCAGUUCUGGAGACUCUGGAGGAUUCGGGUUCGACCUGGAGGACGCGCUCAAACCAGGUCCCACCGAGAAACCAGACAAACCUGCCGUGAAGCCGCCGCCGGGCGGAGGAGGAGGGGGCAGCUUCGACGACUCGGACCUGUUUGACGUCAGCGAGGGCGGCUACAAGCCCGACGCCGGCGGCAAGAAGCCCAACUCUGGAGGAUCGGGAGGAUCUGGAGGAUCGGGAGGAUCUGGAGGAUCUGGAGGAUCAGGAGAUAAAAGUGUUUCUAAACCUUCUGUUUCCUGUCCUGCAGGCCAUGGAGGAGGAAACCCGGCCAACGGCCCCCACGGUGGCGGUGAAGAACCUCAAGAGGCCGGGUCCGGCCCGCUAGCGGGGAUCGUCAGUGCCGUGGGAGUAGCUCUGCUCGGAGCCGCCUCCAGCUACUUUGCCUACCAGAAGAAGAAGCUCUGCUUCAAACUGCAGGGAGGUGCAGAUCCAGAGAGCGGGAAGGGACAACAGGGAACCUACUCCGAGCAGCAGGCUCUCAGCAACAUGUGAUGCACCAGAGCAACUACAGCGUCCUCCGGUCGCCAUGGUGACGCACCCUAGCAACUACAGCGUCCUCCGGUCGCCAUGGUGACCUCGUCGGCCCGGGGACGACAUCACUUCCUCCUCCACCAGAUCCACCAGAUCCACCGGUUCCUGCUCCCGAACAGAGACUUCAGCUUUAACCGCUCGCAUGAACGCUACCCUCCUCCUCCUCCUCCUCCUCGUCUGUUACCACGGAAACACAGCCCCGCCGGGGCCGCAGUGUCUCCUCCUGACCACACGAGGGCAGCACACG